GCACUCCUGCCGUACUUCACUGUAAAUUCAAAGCUUUUUUUUUUUUUUACACAGGCUCCUGAAAUUAUAAUCUAAAAAAAAAAAAAUUACAAAAAAAUACAAAUGGCUAGUAAACUCUUCUUUAUUUUUGAGACAGGGUCGCACUAUGUAGCUCUUGACUGUCCAUGUGCACACCAAGCUUGGCCUGGAACUCACAGAUAGCCACUUACUUGCCUGUGGCUUCCUGAUGCCGGGAUGAAAGGCGUACAGAGUAGCGAGCUAGCAAACAUUCUCAAGAGUAUUUGAUGCCUGCCUAUUCCGGAAACACAGAUUCAAGACUUCAAGACUCCGUCUCAAUGCAGGCAGAAUGGCUAUGAUCAGGAAUACAAGUGACAAGCAACACUGCUGUGGAUGUUACACUAACAAGAGAUUGCUGUAGAAUUUGGCACACAUCUCCAGCAAAUCUGGGAUAGGUCCGUGAUUGGAAAGGAAGUUAGGGCUGAGAACAUUGUGUUGUGUUCCUUCAGCCCACUGCGACCUGUCACUCAGGCCUUAGGAGCCGAUCAGAUCCGCCACCGGUUCUGCCAGUCAGAUAGGAGGAGGGCUCUUCCGGUUGCUAGGCUUUGCGGCGCUUGAGGAAGUCGGAAGUUAACAUUUUUGCAGGAUCGUGGGCUUCAUGUGGUGCAGAACAUGGUUGUACUCUGCAGCCAGGCUAUGAGUGGAGUGACCUAUAGUGAUGUGCAUGUGAGCUUCACUCCGGAUGAGUGGGCUUUGCUGGACCCUUCCCAGAAGACUCUCUACAAUGAUGUGAUGCUGGAGACCUUCAGGAACCUCACUGCUAUUGGCUACACAUGGGAGGAUCAUAGUAUUGAAGAGCAUUCUCAAAGUCCUAGAAGACAUGGAAGUCAUCUUGAAAGGCGCAAAAGAAUUCAUAUUGGUGAGAAACACCAUGAAGAUAUUCAACAUGAUGAAGCCAUUGCGUGUCACAGUCAAUUCCAAAUACAUAAAAGAACACAUACUGGAGAGAAGUCCUAUGAAUGCAACCAGUGUGGUAAAACUUUUGCAUGCCACAGUUAUCUCCAAAGGCAUAAAAGAACACAUACUGGAGAGAAGUCCUUUGAAUGUAAUCAAUGUUGUAAAGCCUUUUCACAAUACAGAUAUCUUCAAAGGCAUAAAUUAACACAUACUGGAGAGAAACCCUACGAAUGUAAUCAGUGUCAGAAAGCCUUUUCACGACACAGUAAUCUUCAAAGCCAUAAAAAAACACAUUCUGGAGAGAAACCCUAUGAAUGUAAUCAGUGUGGUAAAGCCUUUUCACAACACCGUUCUCUUCAAAGGCAUAAAGGAACACAUACCGAAGAGAAACCCUAUGAAUGUAGUCAGUGUUUCAAAGCCUUUUCUCGACACAGUUAUCUUCAAAAGCAUGAAAGAACACAUACUGGAGAGAAAACCUAUGAGUGUGAUCAAUGUGAUAAAGUCUUUAUAUAUCCUAGUAAUCUAAACAGGCAUAAAAGAAUACAUCAUGGAGAGAAAGACUAUCAGUGUAAUCAAUGUGGCAAAACCUUUACACAUCAGAGCUUUCUUCUAAGGCAUAAAGGAACACAUACUGGAGAGAAACCCUAUGAAUGCAAUCAGUGUGGUAAAGCCUUUGCAUAUAUCAGAAGUCUUCGAAAUCAUGAGAAAAUAUACUGCAUAGAAACCCUAUAAAUUUAGUCAGCGUGGUAAGGUUUUGUAUUUCAUGGUAGUUUUUCUACAAGAGUAAACUUUUCUUGCGAAAUCAAUCUGUUAAAACCUUCUCAUUACAGUACUCUAGGAGGAACCUACAAGACCAGUUUCGAAGGGAAUCUGACUAUAAAGGAUUGGCAACAUCUUUAGUUAACACACUUUUUUUACACCAGUGUUGAUUCUGGAGAAAAAAUUCUGACAGUGCCAGCUAUCUUUACAAACAUCAUAGUGUCCUUUAUUUUGUACCUGCAAACCAAUAUGGAAGAAAGUCCUUGAGAAUUUAAACAAAGUAACCCUUUUAGAUUUCACACAGCUCUUCAAUAAUAUGAAGUAACUGAUGCAGCUGUAAAUGUUUGUGGAUGUGUAUCUGUGCCUUUUCUGCUCUUGUGAUAUAAUGCCUAUAUCAGCCUUUAAAAGACAUUUAUUUGGACAUUGGUUCCAGAGGGAUACAGGAUCACCAUGAAAGUGACAUGGCCACCAGUGUCAGACACGCCAGCUAAAGCAGGAGACUAAGAACUCACAUCCUUAACCUGCUGCAUGAAGCAGUGUGGGAACUAGACAUGUAUGUGGAUUGUCAAAGCCUAAUCCCCAGUGACAAAUUUCUUCCAGUAGGGCAGUAUUUCCUUAAUCUUCCCAAAUGACACCAAGAACUGAGAAGGAUUAAUUUCUCUGACUUGAAGCCCACAUGUUUGUCUUGUGUUCCAUCAACCAACUCAUGACGAAAAAAGCUCUGUAAGUAAGCCUUUAGAUGCCUUGGCCCCUGUGUUAGAGGAAUGAAUGCUUAGAAAAACUUUCAUGAGAGGAAAAUUUGCUUACAGAUUUGUUUUAAUAUCAAUUUUGUGAUGUCAGUGUGUCUUGUGAGGGUUUGUGCAUGUACACACUUGUUCCCUGUUGGGCUUCAUGAGGCCCGGGUGUGAGGCCCAGUGUAACUUCCUGAGCAUAGCUCGAGUUUGGAGACCUGUCUCUGGGUACUCCACCUAGACCUGACUCUGCUCAGCCACCUCUAGCAUGGCAGACUAUUAUUGGCCCUUAUUCCUUACUCCUCCUCAACCCACCCAAGCUUCUCCACACCAUCAGAACCCAUACAAGAUCCUUCUUGAUACCAUUAAAGGAGAUCCUGCUUCAACAGACUCCCAGUUUGGUGUGUUUCUCUCCAGGUAGCCAGGGGGAGAGGGCUGCUGGGUUGUUUGGACAUUCACCAUGCUGCUCAGCCCCAAGGAGAGUCCAGCAGAUCCGGCUCUGUCCCUGCUCUUUCUUCCUGAGAACCCGGCAGUUCCCAAGAAGGAUAGACCCUUGGAUCUCUUGCAGCAGUAAUUACAGGAAGUUGUCUAAAACCCGGUCCUCAGAAUGAACUGUUCGUAACUGCUCAACCAUGUCUCUAUCCCUGUAAAUGUUUAAAUCUUUUUAUAUCGUCCUGAUGCCAGGAAAUAGGGAAGAACUCAUACGAGAAAAAUCCCUGUUCAUGUACAAAGACUUUAGACAUCGCAGUUGUCUUCAGUUUCAAGAAAAAAGUCUUGUCUCAUUUCUUUCUCAGGAGCCUUGAAGGAAGUAAAUUAUUUACCAUGUUCAUCAAGUCUGAUGGUAGAGAUCACUGCAUUGUGGUUUCUACUUUGCAACAUUUGAAGUAGAUACUUGAGUGUGCUCGAUGUGUGCCGAUUCCAUUUAGUGAAGUUUAUUUUGUGGUCCUUCUAUUCCUUCUGUGGCUUCUGCUCACUUUCUUUUUUUUUUUUUAAAUAAAUCUUUUUUUUUAAUAUUUAUUUAUUUAUUAUGCAUACAAUAUUCUGUCUGUGUGCAUGCCUGCAGGCCAGAAGAGGGCACCAGACCUCUUUACAGAUGGUUGUGAGCCACCAUGUGGUUGCUGGGAAUUGAACUCAGGACCUUUGGAAGAGCAGGCAAUGCUCUUAACCACUGAGCCAUCUCUUCAGCCCUUCUGCUCACUUUCUAUCAUGCUUUCACGUAGUAUUAUUUUUCUGUUGCAGUGUAUAGAAUGGGAUGCCCGUCAUCGAAGUGGUGCAUUCUUUAUUCAAAUCGAGGUAGUGUAAUCUGAAGUUUUCAGAUUACAGUGUCUAUGAGAGUUUAGUCAGCUGCUUUUCCUGGUUCUUUAUUUUAUAUUUUCUUAAAGUCCCUUAAGGUUGUUGUUUUUAUGCAGCAUGACUUGGAUGUUAGUAGUUAGUUAGGGAUACAUUUGAACUCAUGAUCCUCAUGUAUCAGCCUCCUGGGUAGUCCAAGGGUAGAAGCUGUGUCCCCAACAUGUGCUGUUUUGUCAGCAUGACUUAACAAUAUUAGUGUUAAAAUACUUAAUUGUAGAGAAUUUACGAAACAGUAAAUACCCCUGUGUAUAGUCAAAGCAGGAUUUUCUUUUAUCUGGCAUGUAUGUAAUAAAGUAGGAUAACCAGCAAUCAACUCUAUAUCUCAUAACAUAGCUUGAUGCGCUAUGGAUUUGUAUAUAUUAUUCUAGUGUUCCAUUUUCUUCUUCAUGUUCCAAUUACUUCUCUAUUUGACACUUCCUCUUGGAGUACUGCCUCCUAAGCUGCUUAUCCAUACAUACGGAUAAUAUAACGGCAACGAGAUUUAUUUUAAAAAAUUCUAUUUAGUGUGUCUGUAAUUUGGUUCAGGGUUUGUAGGCCAUAGCAGAUGUGUGGAGACUAGAAGACAACUUUGUGGGUUCUUCUUUUGGGCAUCUUCAUAUGAGGAUCAUGGUCAGGUUCCAGUGUUGCACACAACAGAUAUUUCACACUGAACCUUCUCACUGAUGCUCAAACAAGAUGAGUUGAAACAUUGCAUCAGUAAAUUAUUGUCUUCUUUUCAAAUUAUAAACACUGUUGUUUAAGAAUGGAUGAAAACAGAACAAUUUAAAUAAUAAAUUCUGUUUGCAAAUGAAAAUGAUAUACUACUCUCUUUUAAUUUUGAUUGUGUUAGUUUAUUCUAAGGACUAAAUGCUUGUUCAUAACACAUUUUCAGAACCACAAAUGACUGCCAGAGAAUUCUCUCUGUGGGUAGAACUGGUUGCUGCUAAGCCUGAUGACAGGAGUUCCAUCUCUGGGAGACCCAUAUUCUCCGACAAAAUUUUCUCUUAUUUCUACACUUGGUCUGUGGAAUAUGCACACUCACACACCAGAACAUACAUAAAUAAUUUUGAAACUCAAUUAAAGGCCAAUAAUGUCAUGUGUAGCCAAACUUGGUCUCAUUUCUAGUCUUCUAGAAGAAGUAGAUAGUGAUAGUGGAAACCUCUGUUAUCCCCAUUGCCACAGACUCACAACGCACAGAUGUGUACACUCAAACACAGUUCAAACAUUUGAAAUGGAUCAGAUUAGCAAACAGAUAGCCUAGUUAUUGAAAAUAUGAAAUUAUUUGGAAUUUCAAAUUAAUAUUAGAAUUUGAAGAAUUAGAAUUUGAAGAAGUAUCACGCACUGUUCACCAAACCCUUGAUUGUUACUUUUUAAAAAAUAUUUAUUUAUUUACUUAUUAUGUAUACAAUAUUGUGUCUGUAUAUGCCUGCAGGCCAGAAGAGGGCACCAGAUGGUUUUGAGCCACCAUGUGGUUGCUGGGAAUUGAUCUCAGGACCUUUGGAAGAGCAGGCAAUGCUCUUAACCUCUGAGCCAUCUCUCCAGCCCAAAUUAAACAUAUCUUAUAGUGGCAAGACUGCCUACAUUCUUUCUGAGAUAAAUUUUCCUCAUUAAAGCUAAAUGU